UUUCCAUUUACAAUAAAGUUAUUCAAUCAAGGUGCUCUUUGUUCCGGCACGAUAUUAAACAGUUGGACUGUACUUACUGCUGCACAUUGCUUUGAUCAUAAUAGAGAUACGAGUGAUAUGUUGGUCGUUGUUGGUAUAUUUAUGACCACCAAGCUGAAUCCUAUGAUGUGUCGCGUAUCAUUAUUCACGAGGACUAUAACGUCCCUAUGCCAUUCGCUUGUGACAUUGCUUUGAUAUUUGUUCAGAAACCAAUCAAAUUCGGUAAAAGAUCGGAAAAAGCGAUAUUAGUAAAUACAAAAAAGUGGAUGAAUGCUUACGAAACGCAUUUUGUUGCUACUGGCUGGGGCAUUGUUAAGUAUGGUGGCCCGUUAUCUCAGCAAGGGCUAAUGCAGACUGAGCUCCGCUACGUGCCUAAGAAGGAGUGUGAAAAGAUGCAUAGAAUGAAGUUCAGUGCAGACAUGUUUUGUUUAUACGGUGACGGGGAUCGAGACACAUGCAAGGGGGAUUCUGGUGGCGGCGUAAUGUGGCAUAGCAUGGUGAUCGGUAUUGUAUCGCAUGGAGAUGGUUGCGCAAAAAAGGGUAAACCAAGUUUAUACGCAAAUGUCUGGUAUUUUCGGAAUUGGAUACAAAGGAAUGUGGAAAACUUUGUAUAUGAUUAUUGCGACACAAAAAGAACACAACAAAUAUGA